ACAAUUUCACCUGGCGACACUGUUUCGUAUGUUUUGACAACUGUGCGUGUAUAAGUUGUAAAUUUAUUGAAAUAGCUUGAAAAUAUUUUUAUUAAGUUAGAAAAUUUGGUGUAUAUUUUACAAUGCCUCCAACGAUACAAAAUGGAACUUCCACGCAAGAAAAACGGCCUGUUAAACCAGCAGAAAAAAAGUCCGACUUGAUAUGCAGGGUGAAAUAUUGCAACACGCUGCCUGAUAUCCCGUUUGAUUUGAAAUUUAUCUCAUACCCGUUUGAUUCAUCAAGGUUUAUACAAUUUAAUCCAACCUCGUUGGAGAGAAAUUAUCGGUAUGAAGUGCUCACUGAACAUGAUUUGGGCGUUGCCAUUGACUUGAUUAACAAAGAUAUUUACGCUGUGGAACCAGGUGCUAUGCUUGAUCCAGCUGAUGAGAAACUCCUAGAAGAAGAUAUCCUAACACCUCAAGACUCGAAAAGGUCCAGACACCAUGCAAGAUCUGUCUCUUGGCUUCGCAGGACUGAAUACAUUUCAACAGAACAGACUCGAUUCCAGCCACAAAGUAUGGAUAAAGUCGAAGCGAAAGUUGGCUACAGUAUUAAGAAGAAUUUGAAGAAUGAAACAUUGUACAUGGACCGUGAUUCACAAAUCAAGGCUAUUGAGAAAACGUUCAGUGAUACAACGAAUCCGAUUGAAAAGCAUUACAGCAAGCCGAAUGUGACUGCUGUUGAAGUAUUGCCAGUGUUUCCCGAUUUCAAUCUGUGGAAAUAUCCAUGUGCUCAGGUUAUUUUUGAUUCAGAUCCAGCGCCUGUUGGUAAACAAGUGCCCGCGCAGAUUGAGGAAAUGUCACAAGCUAUGAUCAGAGGUGUGAUGGACGAACGUGGCGAACAAUUCGUCGCCUACUUCCUCCCAACUGAAGAGACUCUAGUUAAAAGACGGGAAGACUUUGCUAACGAGAUACCAUACCAAGACGAUGAAGAAUAUGAGUAUAAAAUGGCAAGAGAAUACAACUGGAACGUGAAGAGUAAAGCAAGCAAAGGUUACGAAGAAAAUUACUUCUUCGUAAUCAGACAAGAUGGUGCCUACUAUAAUGAGCUAGAAACCCGUGUCAGAUUGAGUAAACGUCGCCAGAAAGUUGGCCAACCUGCCAGCAACACCCGUCUUAUCGUCAAACACCGACCAAUGGAUGCGAACGAAUUCCGAAUGCAAAGAUACCGCGAAAAACAACUCGAACCUGCAGGCGAUGAAGACGAAGAAAUGGAAAUGGAACAAAACGAAGAACCACAAGAAAACGAAAAAGAAAGCGACGCGGAAUCGUCAAGAUCCAAAUCACCGUCACGUUCAAGAUCUCCGUCUAGAUCCCGAUCACAGUCUAAAUCUCCCUCACGGUCCAGAUCCAGAUCCAAAUCGCGAUCAAGAUCCAGAUCCAAAUCGCGGUCAAGAUCCAGAUCAAAAUCUGCGUCUAGAUCCAGAUCACGUUCACGCUCGGCUUCCGGAUCGCGAUCUCCUUCCAAAUCGCCGUCACGAUCCAGAUCCGGAUCCAAAUCACGAUCACCAUCACGUUCCAAAUCACGGAGUAAAUCACCGUCCAGAUCCAGAUCCGGAUCGCGGUCAAGAUCCGGAUCCCGAUCUGGAUCCGAAUCCGGCAGCAAGUCGGACAGUGAUUGAACCACUAACGUUUUAUUUAAGUGUCAAGUCAUUGUUUAUUGGAUUUAGAUGUAAAUAUGGUUUAAUAAACAAUACCUGAAUA